AUGCGCUGGUACUGCGUGCAUCCGAAUCUACCGCUGCAGGCGGAGCUGCGCAUCCGCGCGGCACCUGACAGUGGUGCCGCCGAGCGCGCCCGUAUAUCUCAAGGAAGAGCCAUCGCCGCGUGCUCUCCAUUAUUUCAAGUAACUGGGGAUGGUGGCGAUGAUGCAGCAAUCUCGUGGCUCCAAGUUGUGUGUCGUGAUGCUGUGACGGGUGAGACGGAAGAGGGGUUCAUGAUGGCGGUGUUACCCGACGGGACGCCACUCGUGAUACCCUGGGAGUCGACGAACUUUUACAGCUGCUGUGAGGCGACAAACUCGGCCGUGCUGCUGUAUGACGGGCCACAUGAGACGGCGAAUAGCCUUGGGCCGGUCCAAAGUGUCAAUUUUCUCUAUUGCAUAGCGGACGAUUCCGAAAAGCGAUCCAGAAUUUUUCAUCCAGAGCUAGAAAGCUGCGUACUGUUGGUGGGCUAA